GUGUAGCAAAACUGGACAAACAGUACUCCUAAUUGAGAACGUUUAUACAUAUUUGUAUCAAUUGCGUGCUUGGCCGCAAUCUGGAGAAACAAUGGGUGAUAACAAAACGUUAGAUGACACGGUUGACGCUAAUGCGACUCUAUACAUGACCGCAAAGGGCACGAUGAGACAUUCAGCGCCACCUGGAGGAGGGAUAUUAGAAGUGAGCAGUGAGGAAACGGGAGAAAAACACGUACUUUCUAUCACAGGCCACUGUAUGAUUAUACACGGGCUUGGUUUGCCAUUUAAAGAUCUUCAACACAGAGACAAUUUGUAUGCGUUUCACAAAGGAAGAGAAGUCGAUGUUGCGAAUAUACGUAACUAUGGCAACGGAUAUGUUAAAUUGGUUGUGAAGGACGAUAUAAGCAGAUACGAGGCAGGUGAUGUUCUUUUUACGUCUGGCUGGAAAUUGGUUUCCAUGACAUCUACGUAUAGAAAAGACAAGACAGUCAUAACAACAGAGAAAUGGAUACCAUCUAAGAAAAUGAAAAGUAAGAGCCACACCAAGCACCCAACUGUAUAAUGGAACGUUGAUAUGACAUUACGGAGAUGACCACUUCAAAACUGGAACAUUUAUUUAUUUUUCUUUUGAGCAAGGACAAAAGACUCGGGAAUCCUUUCUAAGAUGUCCAUCUAAUUUAGAAAUAAUCUUGAUUUACGUUGUUAAAAAUUCACAAUUCAGUCAAACUGAUGUCAUAUUUGGAAUCUAC